AUGAUACUGGGAUCCCUGGGAAACAGCAGCAGCAUUCCCUCUACCUUCUUGCUGAGUGGUAUUCCUGGGCUGGAGCACAUGCACAUCUGGAUCUCCAUCCGCCUGUGCUUCAUGUACCUGCUUUCCAUCCUGGGAAACUGCAUGAUUAUCUUUAUUAUUAAAACAGAGCCCUCACUCCAGGAGCCUAUGUACCUCUUGCUAUCUAUGCUGGCUCUGACUGACCUGGGUCUGUCGCUCUGUACCCUGCCAACAGUGCUGGGCAUCUUUUGGAUGGGAGAAUGAGAGAUUGGUCACAAUGCUUGUUUUGCCCAGCUCUUUUUCAUUCACUGCUUAUCCUUCCUGGAGUCCUCUGUGCUACUGUCAAUGGCCUUCGACCGCUUUGUGGCCAUUUGUCACCCCUUGCUUGCGUCCACCCUUACUAACACAGCCAUUGUCAGCACUGGCCUGGCUUCUCUGGGCCGAAGUGUAGCACUCAUCUUCCCAUUGCCUUUUAUGCUAAAGAGAUUCCCCUACUGUGACUCUUCAGUCCUCUCACAUUCCUGUUGUCUCCACCAGGAAGUGAUGAAAUUGGCCUGUGCAGACAUCAUGACCAGCAGCAUCUAUGGCAUGUUUGUCAUUGUUUCCACAGUGGGUGUAGACUCACUGCUCAUUCUCUUUUCCUAUGCCCUAAUCCUGCGCACUGUGCUGUCCAUUGCUUCCAGGGCUGAGAGACUCAAAGCUCUGAACACCUGUGUCUUCCACGUCUGUGCUGUGUUGCUCUUUUAUACUCCAAUGAUUGGCUUAUCUGUCAUCCACCGCUUUGGGAAGCAGACACCACAUCUGGUCCAGGUGGUCAUGGGCUUUUUGUAUCUUCUAGUUCCUCCCCUGAUGAACCCUAUUGUUUACAGUGUGAAGACCAAACAGAUCCGAGAUUGGGUAACCUGAGCCUUUUGUUACUAG